UUCUUUUAAAUGCCCAGACAUACUGAAAAUCAAACAGUGCCCAAGUCUCUCCUGGGGAGCAAACAGGCAAAGCUGCUGGCGGUCUUGGGCAGGUGGGGACAGGCCUUUUUUUCGACGUCCAACAGCCUUUUUCCAGAGGACGAAGGAGGAUAGAGAGCAGCGCCAUGCCCAGAGGGACCCCCUUGGCCGGCCCAGGUGUGCGGGACAGUGCUCCAGUCAGCUGAGGUGGGCGAGCUCCCCCAGACCCCUGCCCUGCAGAGCUGCCCACCCACCACCCCAUCUCCCCAGGAUUUCCUGUGGCACAGAGCUGCUCUCGGUUUCUGUGGAUCACGUCUGUAUUAUCCCAGCUCCACUGUGGAGAGGAUCAGUUCGGUUGGUACUGGGUUCAGUGAUUACUGUCAACCUGUUUGGAAAACUUCUUAUUGAAAGACAAGAUUAAUAGAAAUACAGAGUCAGACCCAAGGAGCGUGACCUCAGAACCAGCCUCACCGACGAACAGUGCAGGGGAGGAAAAGAUGGAGGUUGCUUCUGAACAAAGCAGCCCAACUUUGCAUAGCAGGGACAGUGGGUUCUUUGAAAGAGGUAUUAAAACAAUGUUAAGCAUCCGGAAAUCAAAACAAAGUCUGAACAAAGAGAAAGGAAAGGAAGGUACCAGCACUUGGAAAGGAAAACGACUUUCUUUGCGAUUCUCCAAGAGCUACGAGGAGAACAAAACCACGAUCUGUAAUGGUGUGGAGGAGAUUGGUAAGAAGAUAGAAGCAGAGCCCAUUCAAGGAAAGCCUCUUUCAGUAAUGGAAAUCAAUGAACUUAUUCAGAAAAGGCAACUUUUGGAAGCAUUUGCAAGCAUCAGGUACUUGGAAGAUGAGACUAUUGCUGAACGGGAUGCUGAGAAAUACCAAGAUAACCCCCAGGAAUUUGUACGGAAAUCCAAGGAUGUGGAUUUGCUUUAUAACUCUAUCUCAAAUGCGAUCCAGUCCAUUGUGGUGGGAACGCUGGAGCAUCCCACUGUAGAGGACACUAUGCUGGCCUCCCUGGUGACUUUAAUUGCUUGUGAAGAAGCAGCUCAUCCUAACACAGGCAAUGCUGCUGGUCCUGGGUUGGACUUGCUUGGCACGCCCAGAAAGUGGAGGGAGGAGUGGAGGGAAGCUGUCAACGAGAGUGCUAGAAAAAGAGUCCUGAGGAUACCCAUGGCAUCGAAGGAAGAAGAGAGUUCUUGGCUUGAUCUCCACUUAGGAUUCCUCCAGAAACACCUGAGUGAAGACUUACUGAAAAUCAAGUUAUCAGUAAAAAAGUGCUAUCCGGAGGAGUACCAGGUGUGUGACACGUAUGUGGAGGCUUUUCACAAGGCCAUUGCCUCACACUUGCAAGAUCUCUCCCAGAGACCACUGGAAUUCAAUGAGCUCUACACCUUACUCGACUGGGUGGCCAACACCUACCGCAGUGAACUCUUUCUGGGUCACCCUGAUCUCAAACCAGAAGUUAAGCCAGAAAACCUGUCCCUGCUGUUAACACCAGCUGAUUGGGAUAAACUGAAAAAUGACUACAUCGCUUCUGCAAAGGGGAAAAUCAAAAGUUAUUUUGGAAACAUCCUGCGACUGGAGGUCACAGAGAAGUGGGAGAAGGAAGUUCAUCCAGAAGUGAAGGAAAACCUCUACCACUCCUCAGUCUCCUUUGAUAUUCAAACGAUCAUCGGGGAGCACACGAAGAUAUCUGGAGCAAUCAGUAGAAGCCUGGAAAUGAAAAUGCUUGAGCUGUGCCUGGCAGAGCUGCACGAAUUCAUACCAAGGUUCGGGGAGGAGUUCGUGGCGUGGAGCACUGCCCGGGACAGCCCCAUCUUUGCGCCCUAUUUCGUUGCCUACGUCAACAGCUUCCACGACCUGGCGUCAGGGUUAGAAACGGUGUUUAAAGUCAACACUGAGGAACUGCAGAAGAUUUUGGCAGCUCUGACAAGGAACUUCACAAAUAUUUUUUUAAAUAAAUUAAGAACAAAAGCACAGCCACUCCUUAAGAAAAUCCUCACCAAGGACUGGAUUUUGGCGACGGAAAGGCCAGACUCACUGGCGUUGGCAGUCUCGCAGUUCUCCAAGCACCUGCAGCACAUGAGGGAGCCCAUGGGGCAGGAACUUCUACGUGAUAUUCAUAAGUACGUGGUGAGGGAAUACAUCAUGCAGGUCAUCAAACCCAGACGGAAAAUGAAUGCGGAGACACAACAGCAAGUGAGUGAAAAGAUGAACCAGGAAGCCAGAAUCCUUAAUAAUACACUCAUUGAUCAGGGCUCUGACUCUGACUGGCUUCUUCCCGCCAUACACCACAUUGCCAAUAUAAUUGGGGAGAAGAAAAAAGACAGGAUCAAGGAGUACGUCAAGGAGCUGUGUCAGGAUUAUCCAGAUAUCAGGAAGGAGCACGUCCUGGCAGUCCUCGCGCUCCGGGGCCUGGGGUGCGCCAGGAGAGCGGCAAUUUUCCAGCAAGGCUACCAUGUGUUGGAGAGCCCUGACGGUAGGGAGGACAGCACGCUCUUCACUGAAAUUGAUGCCCCGGUGUCCAUCAGCUGCUUCUAAAACAGAACCAAAACAGCAGCCAGCAUCUUCCCUCCUCCUACGCUGCCUCUAUGGCACGAUCCAAAAUCUGCUACCCCACCUCGCUCCUCUGCAAACAAAACUUUUUGACGGCCAUGGGAAAAGAAGUAGUUUUCUGAACUUGCUAGCCCGAGUUCAGAAACCAAAGGCAACAGACGUGCCAAGACACUGACCUCCUGCAAGAGCUCCUGGGCAGCAACUCCAGGCACUGUGUCCACCCUGUGUUCAAUACAGAUUUUAUUGCUAGGAGGCUGCUCUGUUGUUUGGUCCAAGUUUGAGUCUCUUUUCAGAGAACAGGAGAAAACCAAAAGGAGUUCACUCAGAGCUAUAUUAAGGCUUGGACUGUGCACUGCAUAAUUAUACAGCAGCAGAGCAAGAGCCUCCUUCGUAAUUAGUGUCCCUGAGCAACUGAGGGGCAGAGCUUGGGCAGGGAUGUGGUAGUGCCCAAGUUUUAUUUCCUCCCCUGUGAACCAGCUGGCUGAGCUGGCAUGACACAAGGUUGGUGACAUUGUGACCUGAUGCCACAAACCACUACCUGCCCAAGGAGGAAAACCGUGGAGGGUAACCAAACCCCACAGCUGGGCUGCGUAGUGCAUGGACCACUCUGCGCUCCAGGAUGGACCCUGUGGCCCUUCUGGUGUUUCAGCAGAUUUUCCUCAUUCAUGGGCUGCCUUGCAAAACUCCUGUUGGACCGAAGACCUGUUCAUGCCAUCACAGCCUCUCUGUGUGGGCAGACAUGUCUGGAUCAGACAUGCCAUGUGGAGGGAGGCUCCGAGUCCUCCUUGCCCUGGGGAAAAGGGCCACCAUGCCCCUAGUCCAUUUUCUUGUAUGUUCAAACAUAUUUUAACAAAUCUGGUACAAUCUGACCACGGUAUGAAACCUCAUGUGAGGUGGACAGGCACAGUGCUACAGAUCAGAUCCUCAUCUGGGGUAGACCAGCAUCACCCCAUUGAUGGACAUGGAACACCACCGGUUUAACUCCAUGACGGAUCAAAAGCGUUACAUCCAGCAUCUGCAAGGGAGACUAAAAGAGACAUCCAGCAGCCUACGGCCGUACAAAUCUGAUUUUAUUUAAUCCAAUUUAUCCUUUAGGUUGCCCUCUGCAGGAAUUAAUCCAAGACUCUGUAUGGAGACAUGUUUACGAUCUAUCAAUUAAUGUGAUAAAUGUGGACAUGGCAUAGCCUUGAACACUAAUUUGUCUGCUGCAGAGCUUAGAGCAUCAGUAGUGAGCAUCUUUCGUUUCUUUUGCUCUGGUUUGCACCAGUAUAAAUUUCAGCCUGGGUGAGCAGCAGGUGCUGGUGACAAGCCAAGGGAGCUGUUCUGAUGGAUAAGAAAUACAGAGUGCACCUUUAAUUCACAAUCAUCAUAUGAAAAUUUUUCUAAGGUAGACUUGCUACCUCCACAGUCAAGAUAAGUGUUUUUCUAAAGAUGGCUUUGAAAUAUCGGGUAUAAAUUGAAAGCUUGAGGCAGGAAAUCCUGGGAGGAAUUUUCUGCCCUGCAUCAUUCUUCAAUACAGCUCAUGACAAUUCCUGCAAAUCCUCGGCUUGGUGACUCUCUGUAUUUGCUAUGGAGAAGGAGAAGUAAAAUAUCAUUUGCAUCUCCCGUUAGGUGUGCAGAGCUCAGGAACACUUUGGAGCUCCCCUUCCUUGUCCUGGGGACAUGGUGCAAGCAGGGAGCCCUGGAUUACCCCAUGGGUGUGUGAGCUACAUCCCCCAUCCCAGCAGAGGGGAAGGACAUCAGCACUGAGAGGUUUACAUUUAAUGUCAAAAGCAUUGACUAAGUAGGAGAGACGAAAAGGGGAUUUCAACUUUUGCAUCUUCAGUCUGAGACAUCUAAUACUGUUUUUUCAGAGAAGUGCAGGAUCUGAGGCACUAAAGCCUCAGUGGGAGUUUUUGUGCAUCAGAAAUUUCCCUCUGCCCUGUAUGCACCUCUGAUCCAAGCACCUCACGCAAGGCAUCUGUGGCACAGAAAUUUUCCCAAGCGCAUUAAAUGUAUACUGGGUUUUCAAUCUUAUUAUUUUACUGGCAGUGUCUCCACAAAGCAGCUGCCUUUCCUCAGGCUCCAGCUGUCUGGCCCUGGGAUUAGAUAAGGCCCUUGGCUUCUGUUUUCUAAUAAAAGUAAGUUGCUACCCUGAA